GGUUAAAACAAAAAUGCAACAAGUACCACCUAAGUCUAAACUAGUUCCCACAUCCUCUGAAUGAAUUCUUUAGCAUUUCACAAGAGAAAGUGUGUGUGUGUGUGUGCAUAUGUUGUCCCUGAAAAAUGGUUCCAAAAUUUGGUGGUGGAGGGACUGGGCGCGGAACUAGACCUAUCUGAACAUCACCCUCCUUUCCUUUUGAAACUGAAACCAACUUUUGGGAGUCACCUUCUUUCAACUUUGUUAUGUUCAGGAUUGUGUUUCUUCAUUUUGGAGUUUAUAGUCAUGUAGUUUCUUGGUCUUGUGUCUUCUAUAACUGUGAUAGCUCAUAUGGGUUCAACCUUCUCUGUGGUGCAAAUGGUUCAAAAGAAAUGAUCGUGUAAUAGAUGCUCUUUUGACUUCUGGCAAUGGCAAGUGAGUUUCAAACUCGAAGUUCUUUCAGACGGGUGAUCUAAUAACUGCCCCUUGUUGUAAUCAAGGAGCAGAGAGUAAGUGUUGAUUGGUUUUUUCUGUUGAAAAGCAUUCCUCAUAGACCAGACCAGACCUGUUGUGUUCAGCUUCAUCGUGGGCAAAUCUCCUUUGGCAGUAUAGCUGUUAUGUUCCAAUCUUGGACGAGGCAAAUUUAUUAACUAUCUGGAAUUCAUUUAUGUUUGAAGGUUUAAUAACACUUUAACUGUAUUUGGGCAACUCUCCUUUGGCAAAUGAUACUUUAUUUCCUUUGGUUGGAUUUCUGGCAGUAAAAAUAUGUGAAAAUAAUUUUCUACCAUCUUCCAUAAAAAUAAAUAUUACCAUUCUGAGGUUAUUCCUCACUUUCCACUUGGGCAAAUCUACUUUGGCAUUGUUUGAUUAUCUUGGUGAGCUUCCUCCUACUUCCAAGGUUUUUCUUCCAGAAAAUCACAAAAAAAAGUAUCUGAUAGAGAUAGUUGUAGUUUCUUGAUACUAGUUUUGGGAAGCUUUCACAAGUGGUUCUUUCUGUGGAAAUUCCAGCUCAAACUGGGCAAAUCUCCUUUGGCAUUUUGGAGUCUUUGAUAGACUCCUGUCUGUUAUCCUAUCAGGCAAAUAUCCUUUGCCGUUAACUUUCCAGUUUCAGUGGUCAAGAUAUAUUGUUAAGAAACUGGCUUACUAUCUGUGACAAACAUCACUAUCAAUCAGACACAUUUUGCAUUGUACACGAAUAUCCUUUGAAGUUAAUAUCCACGCAUCUGUUGUGGACCACAAUACCCCCUGGAUUUCAAUGCUUCUAUUUGCUUGAGAAGGCAUCUUGUUGAUGGAUGCUCACAUGACUGAUUUGGAUUGGGAGACUUCCAGUGACAGCAGCAGCUGUGAGGAUCAAGAGGAUAUUGAUUUUCGAUAUGGUGGACAAGCUCGGAGCAUAUUAUCAAGUUUAGAGAAAAGCAUUGGGAGGAUUGAUGAUUUUCUCUCAUUUGAGAGGGCAUUUGUCCGUGGGGAUGUGGUAUGCGCCUCCUCAGACCCGUCUGGACAGAUGGGGAGGGUCAUAAAUGUUGAUGUGUUGGUGGACUUGGAAAAUGUUCAAGGAAAGAAAUUAAAAAAUGUGAACUCCAAGAAACUUAUGAAGAUUCGCUCCAUUUCAGAAGGUAAUUGUGUAAUUAAGGGACCAUGGAUUGGCCUGGUUCAGAGGGUAGUAGACAGAGUGACUAUAUUGUUUGAUGAUGGAACUAAAUGUGAGGUCAUUACCUUGGAAAAAGAUAAGCUGUUACCACUGACUCAUAAUUUUCUUGAAGAUUUGCAGUGUCCAUACUAUCCUGGGCAGAGAGUAAAGGUUAAUACCUCCACAGCUUCCAAACCAGCUAGAUGGCUGUGUGGCACUUGGAAAGACAAUCAUGAUGAAGGAACUGUUUGUGCAGUGGAAGCAGGUUUGGUUUAUGUUAAUUGGCUUGCCUCUGUUCUUUUGGGCUCCAAUUUUAAUGUGAGUGUUCCUCCAUGCUGGCAAGAUUCCAAAAACUUGACCUUGUUGUCCUGUUUUUCACAUACAAACUGGCAACUUGGUGACUGGUGCAUGCUCCCAGUUGUGGACCAAAAGGAACAGAUGAUUCAAGAUGCAUCUACUUGUGAUGCUUAUAAUGAGCAUGGUAUGGCUAGAGGAUAUAAGAGAAGAAAUCUUAACGUUGGGGAAUUAUUUCUAAUUGAGAAGAUAAAGACCAAAGUUGAUGUUGUUUGGCAAAAUGGUGAACAUACUUUGGGAUUGGAUCCACACAACUUAGUCCCAGUGAAUGUCAUAAACACUCAUGAAUUUUGGCCCCAGCAGUUUGUGCUGGAAAAAGGUGCUUCCGAUGAUCCUCUUAAGCCUAGCAAACAAAGAUGGGGUGUUGUUCUUUCCAUGGAUGCAAAAGAGCAUACUGUGAAGGUGCACUGGAGAACUGUUCCCACAUCUGAGACAGAUAAUUUAGCUGGAGACACAAUGAUUGAGACUGUGAGUGCCUAUGAACUUAUCGAGCACCCAGAUUACUCCUGUCGUUUUGGUGAUAUUGUGUUCAAGGUGGCUCAAAAACUUGGUUACGAAGCUGAUAGAGAUAAUGCAAAGUCAGUGACUGACUUGAAUGUGGAAGUUCCUCUGAUAAACUGGGACCAAAUCAGUUAUCCGAAUAAGUCUGUAGAUAACAGUUACCUCUCCUGUAUUGGCAAUGUUAUUGGUUUUGAAGAUGGUGACGUGGAGGUGAAAUGGGCUACUGGUUUAACAACCAAGGUUGCACCUUAUGAAAUUUUUCAAAUUGAUAAGCACGAAGAUUCAACUGCAACCCCUGUUCCUUAUGAAGCAAAUGUUGAGGAGUUGACUCCAGAGAUGAUUGGAAGUCAACCAUCUGACAAGAAGGGAAAGGACUUGUUAGAUUGUGAUGGCUAUAGAGAUAAUUGUGAAAAGCCUCCAGGAGAAAGUAGUUCCUCUUCCCUUCCUCAAGCUGCCUUUGAACUUUUCUCCAGUAUUAAGGCCAGCAUAUUCAAAACACUUGGUGUAACAUCACUUUCCGGAAAAUUCUCCCCAGUCCCUGCAUUUGAAGAGGGCAGUGAAUCUGGCUGCCUUGAUAAGAAAGAUUUGGACACUUGUGAUCCUGAAUCUGAAUCUGAAUCACAUCCAGUGAGCAAGAUGAAGUCUUCUGAAGACAUAACUCCUUAUUGUGAAGUUAUUAGGACUCAUGAGAGGAAUGAUUUUCCAGUUUCUUUAGACAACAAAAACAGUUCAGAUCAGUUGAAGCAGUUUGAUGUAAUUGAUAAUUGCUCAGACCACCACUUUUUUCAUGAGGGGAAAGGAUUGACAUCAUCUCAGCUUAAAAAGGGUUGGGUGAAGAAGUUACAACAAGAAUGGAGCAUCCUGGAGAAAAAUCUUCCUGAAACUAUUUAUGUCCGUGUUUUUGAAGAAAGAAUGGAUCUCAUGAGAGCAGCCAUUGUCGGUGCAUCAGGGACACCUUAUCAUGAUGGCUUGUUUUUCUUUGAUAUAUGUUUCCCUCCAGAGUAUCCCAGUGAACCCCCUAUGGUGCAUUAUAAUUCUGGCGGGCUACGAUUAAAUCCAAAUUUGUACGAGUCAGGGAAAGUCUGUCUGAGUCUCCUAAACACGGGGACUGGUACAGACGCCGAAGUGUGGAACCCUGGAGCUUCCACAGUUCUUCAAGUUCUUCUUUCUCUGCAGGCCCUUGUCCUUAAUGAGAAGCCUUAUUUCAAUGAGGCUGGAUAUGAUCAACAAAUUGGUAGAGCUGAAGGGGAGAGAAACUCAGUGAGUUACAAUGAGAAUGCUUCCCUUGUCACCUGCAAAUCCAUUUUGUAUCUUAAUAGAAAGCCUCCCAAGCAUUUUGAGGCAUUGGUGGAAGAGCACUUUAGACAGCGCUCCAAACAUAUACUUCUGGCUUGUAAGGCAUAUCUUGAAGGAGCUCCUAUUGGAUGUGCUUUUGGUGACGGAAAAACUGAGCAUGAAAACCAGAAAGGAACUUCUACUGGAUUUAAAAUAAUGCUUUCUAAGCUCUUCCCAAAGCUAGUAGAGGCAUUUUCUGACAAGGGAAUUGAUUGCAGCCAGUUUGCUGAGAUGCAUAAGUAACUGUCUGUUCUACCUUGUUGUGAAUAAACCAUCCAGCUUCCUGUCAAGGAUAUUCAAACCUUAUGUGUAAUAUUAAUUUGUUUUCACUUAUCUUGUAUAAUAUUAAAUGUGCUUGAUAAAAAUACCAAUAUCUCUUGUAAACCACCACCCCCUCCCAAAAUAAAAGAAGUGCUGAAGAUGUAUUGAUAAUAAAAAUACCCUGUGGUAUGUCUAUGUAUCAUAUGUAAUGGCUUGAAGAUGUGAGAAUGUAAAAUAAGAAGCUCAAUGAUUGGAGUAGUUCGCUUGAACUGUCCUUUAACGUUUGAUGUUGA